GGUGCCUUGCUGGUCGGGGAUUCAAACCUGCAGUCUUUCAAUUACAAGCGUGGAUCCCUAACCAUUAAGCCAAUUAAAUUCACUAAAUUCACUAAUUCAUUAGGGUGUGGUUGUUCCUCUGCCCUCCGCAGACCGCACGUGUGUGGAGCAGUGUCCAGCUGGCUUCUACGAGGACAUGGAGCAGCGACUGUGCGAGCGCUGUCACCAGAGCUGCGCUUCAUGCCGGGGCAAGCACAGCAUGGACUGCGUGAGCUGCAAGCCACACUUCUUCCGCAUGGGCAGGGCAUGCAUGGAGAGCUGCAGCCCCAGUUACUAUGCCAACAUGUCUUCCAUGAUGUGCAUAAGAUGUGAUCCCAGCUGCGACGAGUGCGACGGUUCGGGAAACGCCCACUGCCGCAGCUGCAGGAAAGGAUUCUUUCUCAUGAAGAAUCAAGGACGAUGUCACCCAUCCUGUCCCAGCGGCUUCUAUGAGGACAACGCAAAGAAUACCUGUGAGAGAUGUCAUGCCACCUGUAAGAGCUGCAGAGAUCAAAGACCUCUGUCUUGUGAGUCCUGCUACUUCGGCUAUUUGCUUGCUGGAGGAAUAUGCCAGUCCCAGUGCAUGUUGGGAGAAUAUGCCAUUUCCAUGAGCCCCAGUCUCUCUUGUGAGCCGUGCGAUGGCUCCUGCAUAGCGUGCAAAGGACCCAGCAUCUACAACUGCACUGCUUGUCCUGUCUUUGAAAUCCUGUCUGAUGACGGCCGUUGCCUUACCUGCUGCAAGGAAGUCCAAGAGGGUUCCCCGCUGCCGUGGGAGUGCUGCAACUGCACUGCAUCCAAAGAUGAGUGCGUUAUGAGCGUGAACUUUGAGUUCCGCGACGACGAGGACUACGAAGGGAAGCCGGCCCUCUUUGCCACCACCUCUGUCCUGCUCAUCGUUGGCAUUGGAGUCGGCGUCUAUCUUUUCCUGAAGUCGCGCUCUAAGGAGGCUCCCAAGCCCAAGCCUGGGGGCUACGAGAAACUGAACAACAGCGGCACCGGGCCCUACAGCAAACCCAUGACCUCUUACGAACCCAGCCGCUCGGAACAGCUGGUGGAGUUCAAUGACCGUGCUGAGGAGGAAGAUGAUGAUGACGAUGAGGACAUUGUGUACAUGGGCCAGGAUGGGACAGUCUACCGCAAGUUUAAAUACGGGGCUCUAGACGAUGAUGAAGAGGACGAACUUGAAUAUGAUGAUGAGAGCUAUUCAUUCCGAUAGUUAUACAGAUGGAAUCAUUUUUACCCUUGUAGUUAGCUCAUCCUCAUUAAAGCACUCCUGAUUGUCUCCCACCCCGUAUUUAAAGGUGAUGACAUAGUCUAUUCCAGUUUCCCAACCCAGUCCACGUUUUUGCUUCCUCUCAGCUCCCAGCGCACCUGUACCAGGUAUUCAGUGUUCCUGAUUGUCUGGGAGCUGGGAGGGAGCAAAAAUGUGGAUUGUCCAGGGUUCCCCAAGGACUGGGUUGGGAAACACUAGUCUACUCUUAUUGCCUGUCUCCCCCUUUUAUUGAUUUCUUUUUGACCCAUGAAAAUCCAUUGACUAAUUUACAUUUACACCCAGAAUACAAUUACUGUCAGUUUAAAUCCUUUUAAUUUAGACGUGAUACAAUCAAAAAAGGAUUCCUCACCCUCCAUGCCACCUUAAGACAGGAGUUUACGUUUUCCACGCGUGACUUAUUUUUCCAUUUAGGAUGAACGGAACAAUACGAACCAAGAAUAAAAAUAUUUAAUUAGGUUGAGGGAUGAAUUCUUACAUUUGCUUCUUGCACUAUUCUGUAGAAGUGAUGGCGUUUACAGGCUGGAUUUUGUCUAUGUUGAUUUGUUUGAUCAGUGUUGUUUAUUGAUGUGAAAGUUAUUUGUUGUAAAUGUUUCAAGAAAUUAAACCAGUACGUUGAAUUUUA